GUCUGAGCGGGCCCGACGCCAUUUCUCGAAUUUCACGUUGUGUGAGAACGGCAUUCUACUAGUAUGUCUUCGGAGAAAACAACAUCAAGUGCACCUAUGAAAUGGACAGAGCUACAUGAUCAGCUGCUUGUACGGGAAAUUUUGCUUGUGCAGCCAUGGACAAGCAAAAAAGCAUCCCCUGAAAGAGGAGAAGCAUGGUUAAAAAUAGCUACUUCAUUGAAUUCUUUGCAAUCUCCAGUCUUUCGUGUAACCCAAAGGUCUGUGCGUGACAGAUUUACCCUGCUUGAAAAGAAAUACAAGAAAAAAGUCCGGGAAGAAACUCUUGCCAGUGGAAUAUGCUGUGAAGAAAACGAAGUGGAUCUUGGCAUGGAUGAAAUUGUCUCAUUGUUUUAUGAAGCUGACAUGGAGCAUGAAAAAAAUGCAGCUGAGAAAAAGAAGAAGCUUGAGGAGGAUGCGAAUCAAGCUGCGGAAAUGAGACAACAGUCCCUUGAAUCAUUUGGUGAAACUCGCAAGAGAUCUGAGUCAGCUGCUGCUGAUCCGACUGAUCACACAAGUACCAAAAGAAGAAGAAGUAGUGGUUCAGAUAUGGUGACAUAUUUGAGUGAGAAAAGUGAGCGAGAGGCUGAGUUAAAGAAGAAGGAACUGGAAAUAAUGAAGCUCCAAACAGUCAAAGAUAAUGAAUUAAGAGAGAAUGACAUGAAACUUAGAAAGGAAGCAAUGGAGGCAGCCCAAAAUCAAAACAAUUCCAUGAUGAAUCAACUUGUUGAAUUGCAAAGGAUUCAGCAACAGCAGUUUAUGCAGUUGAUGAGGCAACAGCAGGAACAAAGUUCAUGUAUGAUGGCUCUGUUGAAUAAGUUAACUUCACAAAAAUAAACAAAGGCAUAUAUGUAGCAUGCCAUUAGGUAACAGUUACAGCAGGUAACAAAUU